UCCCGAUUCUGCUCUUCUUCUUCUCGCUGCAGCUCCCGAAAUCCCCCCUCCAAGCCGCCGGCACCAGCUUUGAAAAAUUGGUGAGAAAGGUUGGAAUUUCUCCUUCUUUCUUGUCUUAAAACACAGAUUGAAACCCAGAAAUUCUCCCCCCUGCAAGAAGCUUCCGGAUCUGCUCUGCUCUUCCCUCUGCUGUCCGCCGGCUGCUCUUGUUGUGGGUGCAAAUUCUGGGCUGUUUCGGUAAGAAAUAGCCAUUAAAUUCUCUGUUUUUUCCUUGAAUUAGCUUGGGUUCAUGUUAAAUCUAGCGUUUCUCCAGAUUUUGGGUGAACCCGUGAGCUUUCCCUGCAGCUUGCCGCCGGCCUCUUCCCCCCUGCAGCUCCGGUUUCUACAGCUGGAGAAUUAUGGAACCGAAACCGAGGACGGGGAAACCACGGGAAGUGACGAGUUAGAAGGCUAGCCAUUUCGAGAUUGACAUAGAUUUUAGAAAUAAAUCGUGAUCUUGUAAGUUAGAGUGUAUUUGGAGAUUUUAUGAUAUUAGAGCAAAUUUUAAAGAUUUGAUCUUCAGAUUUUGGUGGUAUCAGAUUGUGAUAUGAUAAGUUUCGAGCCUUGUGCAUUUGUGAGACUCUCUUACGAGUGCACGGCGUCUGCCACGUCCCCGAAUUUGGGUUAUGGGGCGUGACAUAUAUAUAUUGUAUAAUAUAGGAAUAUAAUACUUCAUAUAUUUCUUCUAUUACAAACUUGACAUAUCACAAACACCUCAUAUAGUGGGAUGGAAAAGAUAGUUUUUUUUUUUUUUAAAAGAUGAGUCCUAAUCUCUUCCUUGUUCUUUCUUUCUCUCUCAACACUCCCUUGUUCUUCCUUUCUCUCACUUCAUUUUGCUCAUUUGAUUUACUAUUUUGACCUUAAAAGACCCGAUUCUGCUCUUCUUCCCGCUACAGCCCGAGAGGAAAAAGGAAAGAGAACCCAGCCAUGCCUUUGAGAAACCGGUGAGAUAAGCUUGGUUUUCUCCUUCCUUUCUUGUUCUAGAACACACCUAGAACCCAGAAAUCUUCCCCCCCCUGCUGGAAAAGCCGGAUCUGCCCUGCUCUGCUUUGUCCUUCCGCCGGCUGCUCUUGAUUAUGGGCGAUUUCUGGGCAUUUU